GCACACCGUCUUCAUCGAAUCAGUCUUGUGCCUUGAAUGGCUAUUACACACAGUGGAUUUCCUGUCUAUUUAGAUCACAUUGCAAUUUACUCACAACUUAUGGCUUGUUCUCGGCGUGACUUUCGCACAGGCGUCAGGCAGGGCACAGAGAACCUUGGGUAGCUCUCCAAGUUCCAGAUGGCUCAGCAGGAACUAAACUGGCUCAAAGGAGAGCUGCAGCGUGUGGAGCAGGACAUCAAGAACCGGGAGGAGGAAUACAAGGCAGCCACGACGGAGCGGGAUAUCGCCAUCAUACAAAAGGGGAUAGAUCGGCUGGUCCAGGAGAAGCGCGACGUGAGGCAGCAACUGAGCACCCUGCAGGCCCAGCUGGCCAGUCCAGCAGAUCAUGGACGGUCGGAACUGCCGCCUCACCCGCCUGAUGGGCCAGCGCGGCAGAAUCUGGACAGCUUGGCGCCGCACCUGACGGCUGAUGAUGCUGCGCCGGAGUCAGUAUUCCGCCUAACAGGGCGAGUGGGAGACGCCUUGGCGUACAACCUGUUCCUGGACCCCAAGAAGGCCAUCCAGCACCGCAUCUCCGGCUGGGCGGACAGCUGUGCUGUCCUGUUCUCAAUGGGCCAACCUGCAGCCUUCAAGCCUUUCUUUGUGAAUGGUCUAACAAAAGUGAGUAUCCAGAAAAGCUCAUUGAGUAAGGCUGCAUAGCCUGUGUUUCUGGCUAGUAUGUACCCUUUCCAGUGUAGAGAAGACACACGGCUCUGCCCUUGAUGCUUGCCAGGCGGCUGUGACAAAGAAUGCGGGAAACUGGGCAACUGUGGCUGUGCUUAUGUUUGAAAGAUCUGGUCAACGGUGCGGAAAUGACCCAUAUUGAUGCACCCAAGUUUCCAGCUGGAUGUGCUGAUGCUGUGUGGGAAGACCUCGAUCUCUGUUGUAGGGUCCUCUCACUCUUGCCUUUGCAAGUGCACUGUCUGCGUCAGAAUCCCAUAGUCUCAGUACGUAAGCCUGGUGUUUGGGGGUUUGAACGGGAUGCCAUGGUCUGCCAUUGUCUGCCUAAAAUCUUGGCUCUUGGGCUGGGAAUUCCCAGGACUGACCGACACUGGCUCAUUUAAGGAUGGGAAGAUCUGAUGAUUGAGUUCCUUGAACUGCAAUGCGUUGGGUUUUAACUUGGGUGCUGAAUCUGGAAUGAUUAUGACCAUCAGAGUUAGGCAUCUUAUUUUGGCUGGGAGCAAUGUAAAUCAAUCUAAUUU